AGUUUCUUGCUGAGCUUUACGUGUAUAAUGGCCAACUUUAGAAGAUGUGGGAAGGACUCAUGGUAAUCUCAUAGCCUAUUAAUAUUAUGAUAUUAAAUCUUGGUCUCUACUUGUAAUUUAAUGUAUUUAUAUCUUUUCCUAGUCAACUGUUAGAUGAUUCCGAGAAGUUUACUGUGUCCUUACAUCUUUUCGCGUUUCUUUUUUUAAUGUGGUGACGAGCCACACACAUAUAUACAAAGUCUCCUUUUGUUAUUUCUUCUUCCGAUCUGAAAGCUUUGUCAUUCUCUUCAGAAUUUCUUCGUGCUUGUUAUUCAUGGCUUCUUCAUCAUGUGUGUCUUGCGGUUCGUUGUAUGACGUCUUCCUGAGCUUCCGUGGAGAAGACGUGCGCAAAGGGUUUCUUAGCCACGUUGUGAAAGAGUUCAAAAGCAAGGGGAUCGAAACGUUCAUUGAUAACGAGAUGGAGCGUGGCAAAUCUGUCGGUCCCACGCUUGUAGGAGCGAUCAGACAAUCAAAGGUCGCCAUUGUUUUGCUCUCCCCUAACUACGCUUCUUCAAGCUGGUGUUUGGAUGAGUUAGUGGAGAUCAUGAAGUGCAGGGAGGAGGGUCAACAAAGAGUGAUAACCGUUUUCUACCAAGUGGAUCCAUCAGAUGUUAGGAAGCAGACCGGAGAUUUCGGACAAGCUUUCGAUGAGACCUGUGUGGGGAAAACAGAAGAGGUGACGCAUGUAUGGAUGCAAGCUCUGAAGGAAGUCGCGGGUAUAGCUGGUUAUGCCUCUAGCAACUGGGGGAGUGAAGCUGAUUUGAUCAACGACCUUGCCACAAAUAUUAUGGGUUUGUUGGCUUUGACACCAUCAAAUGAGUUCGAUGACUUUGUUGGCAUAGAACCUCGUGUCACGGAGAUGAAAACGAUGUUGAGCCUACAAACAAAAGAAGUUAAGGUGAUUGGGAUUUGGGGUCCUGCCGGGAUUGGUAAGACGACCGCCGCCAGAGUUUUAUACGACCAAGUCUCUCCUAAAUUUCAGCUCAGCACGUUUUUGGAGAAUAUCAAAGGAAGUUUUGAGAGGCCUUGUGGUAGUAACGACCGUCAGUUGAAGUUGAGGUUUCAGGAAAAGUUGUUGUCUCAAAUUUUCAACCAAAAGGAUAUCGUGGUUGGUCACUUGGGAGUGGCUCCACAAAAGCUGAGUGACAAAAAAGUGUUGGUUGUUCUUGAUGAAGUGGAUAGCUGGUGGCAACUAGAGGAAAUGGCAAAAAGAGAAUGGUUUGGUCCCGGAAGUAUGGUUAUCAUUACAACCGAAGAUAGAAAACUUCUCAAAGCACUUGGACUCGAGGCCAAUCAAAUCUACGAGAUGAAACUUUCCUUGGAUUUGGGUAGUAACAAGAUAGAGAGAGAAAAUAACGUCUUGUAUUACUUUCCUUGGAUCAAUAAAACAUGGUUUUGUCUUUAGCGUUUGAUUGUUGAAACAUUGAUACACAAAUCGUAUCAGGAUGAUGUCGAUGAUAAUGACCCUGGCUUUUCUGAUGCAGUAAUUGACAUAAACAUAGAAGCACACAAUGAAACUGAAGAAGGAAAAGAAUCAGGACGUGAUGAGGAUGCAGAGAUGAGGAGCAGGAAAAGAAUGAGGUUAAGCCUUGUUAGAUUGUGAUGUUGUAAACUGUGAUGUUGUUAGAUUUUCUUAUUCCGCUGCACUGUAAGUUUCCAAGAAGAGAAGCAUCAAUCUCAACAUCCCCGGCACAAUCAAUUUGGGAUCUUUUCAGGUUUGGGAACUCGAUCAUCUGGCGAUUAAAAGCUUAAAUUAUCUGAUGAAGCAUGUAAAAUCUUGAAUUCUCUGAGGGAAGUUGAAUCGAAGUUACCGGACUCUGAUACUUCUUCGUCUUCUCGAGCUUCUGUGCUCGAAGUGCCAAAAGAGUUUAAGUGUAUGUUCUCGCAUGCGAUCAUGAGCGAACCUAUAGUCACAGGGAAAAGAAUCAGGACGUGGUGAGGGUGCAGAGACUAGGAGCAGUAAAUGAGUGAGGUUAAGCCUUGUGUAGGUGUCGUGAUGUUGUUUGAUUUUCUGAUUCCCUGCAACGUAAUUUUUCCAAGAAGAGAAGCUCAAUCUCAACACCCCCGGCACAAUCAAUCUGGGAUCUUUUCAGGUUUGAUAACUCGAUCGCUAUGGCUUUCCUUAAACAAUCAUAUAUCUAUACUAUUAUUUAUUUAUGAAGUGAUUUUUGUGAUUUGUCACAUUAUAUAAACUAGGUAAGGAACCCACGCGAUAUCGCGUGGGAGCUCAACUUUUAUAAAUAAAUAUAUCAUAUUAUAAUUAUAUAUUAUAUAAAAAAAUUAUUUAAAAAAAAAUUCAUGUCAAAACGUAGAACAUGUGUGUUUAUAUUUAUUUAUUGAUAAUAUUAAAAAUGUAUAUUCUAUAAUUUUAAAUUACAACUAAAAUACAAAUACAUCAAUACUAAUAAAAUUAUACAUUUUUAUUAUUUUAAUUAAGUUACUCUAAAACUUUAAAUUAUAUAAAUUUAUAAUAAAUAAAUAAAAUCUCUUAUUAAACAUAAAAAUCUUUUUAAAUAAAAAAAGUGUCGUUCAUGUUAGACGGUUGUGUCGUCAACGAAAAAGUACAAACGACUCAUAACCUAAGAGGUACGAACACGUCGUAAACUAAGGGAUACAAACAUGAUGCGAUUCAAGAGGUAUGAACUUGUUCCAAGGGGUGGACGGAUAUGCCUUGACUGAAGGUAUGAAUGUGUCUUGACAGAACAAGUGUAAAUGGCGUGAACGAAAGGGUGUAAAUUGAAAUUAGGAUCCAUAAGACAAAAAAGUUUCCGGAUGGGUAAAACAUGCAAAAUCUAAGAAAUAUUUAGAAAAUGAUAUAUUCUAAUUUGGAUAGACUUUUUAUGUUGUCGAGAAAAGGUCAUACUCUUAUAUCACCAGCACCAUGGUUGACCAUAAAACAAAAAAAUUUCUGGAUGGGUAAAAAAACAGGCAAAAUCUAAGAAAUAUUAAAAAAUGAUAU